UAGGCCCCCCUCCACAAGCCCCCUCCGCCAAUCCCCGACCCCCGUGUGCAGGGAAUUUCCCUAUCAUCCCAACUUGAAUUUCCUUCCUGGGGGAAGGGAUGAAUGCAGAUAAAAGGAGUGCAAAGGACUCGAGAAAGUCACAGUGCUCUGGAGCCUCAAAUCUCCGCGCCUCUUCCACGCUACGAACCCGCGCUCCCUCGCUGCGCUCUUUUGUCCGCGAUGAUGAGUCUCCGGCCCAGCCUCUCUCCCCGCCUUCCCCGCCCUUCCCGGUCACUCUGCGCGCUGCUGGCGCUGCUGCUGCUGCUGACGCCGCCAGCGCCCCUUGCUAACGCUGGUCCAGUAGCGGCUGUGGUGAGAGAACUGCGCUGCGUUUGUUUAUCCACCACGCCCGGAGUUCACCCCAAAAUGGUCACUAAUCUCCAGGUGAUCGCCGCAGGCCCACAGUGCUCCAAGGUGGAAGUGGUAGCCUCCUUGAAGAACGGAAAGGAAGUCUGUCUGGACCCUGAGGCUCCUUUGAUCAAGAAAAUCGUCCAGAAAAUUUUGGACGGUGGAAACAAAAAUUAAGAGAACGGAACAUGCAUUGGAAGGACUGUCCAGCUUUCAGCUGAGAAGUUUUCCAAGAGAGUCUCUGGACCAGUGAAGACAAGAAGUGGUUGAUUUUUCCCCCCAGUAGCUUUCUGUGCGGAUUCCCUGCUUUGAAAGGAAAAGGGAAAUCUGUUUACCCCUCAUAUUUUUUUUUUGCUCAGUUUAUUAAGUAUUUAGCAUAGUAUUUCUUGCUACUUGUUUUUAUUUUAUCUGCUAUAUUACUGGAAUCCUUGGAAACUGACUAUUUUGUGAGCCAGGAGUCAUUGGUGGUUGAUCUUUCAAAGUGUCUUGAAUUGAAGGUGACUUCUGCACUGUAUUUCUAGAGUCCAUUCCUAUAGUGUGUGUGAAAAGGCUUUGAAUUUAACAAUGAAUGUUUUGUUGGAAUGCUGUUGGGGGAGAGACAUUCUUAUUCUCAUUCUGCCCAUGGAAUAGAAGAUAUUUUAGUGUGUUUACUUGGAUAAUAUGUUACAGAAUUUUUUAACUCUUGACCCCUGUAUGCUAUUUAAGUUAUAUAUAUAUAUAUUAGAAACCUGGGUGUGUCAUACAAUAAUGUGUAGAAUAUAUUUCCUUAUUUGGAAUUUCUAAAUGUUUAAAUUCAAUAAGGAAUAAUAUAUUCUCUUCCUAUGAUUUUAGACAUUUGGUGUCUUCUUAGUAUGGCAUAAUGUCAUGACUUACUCAUUAAAUUUUGAUUUUGUAUGCUAUUUAUUAACUAUUUUAUUAGCACAACUGUAAUCCAGUCAUUAAAUACUUGUUUAGAAUAUAUGAAGACAAGAAACAGGUAAUUACUGACUUAUAGUUUUUAUAGGAAUGCAUUUUUUUUAGUUUUUCUAAGUAAAAAGCAAACUUAACAUCAAUCUAUACUCUGAAAGUUUCGAAAACAUAUUUGACAUAUUUAAAUACAAAUUCAUCAUUUGGUCAUCCAAAAAUAUAUACUAUUGCUAAGAUAUUUACAUGCUGAUAAUGUAUCUUUUAAAGGUUUUGAACACUUUGUUAAAAGUAUAUAUACAUCACAUCCACUAUAUUAAAAUUGCACUUUAUUUUUUAACUAUGUGGCUCAUUUGUUUAUAACACUUAUGGGGGGGUAGAAAAAAAUAAAAGAUUUCUAAACUUCA